GCCGAAACAGCCCCAUAAAUACUCAUAGUGUAAACUUAGUACUCAAGAGAACGGAGUGUUGGAGCUAAUCAAGUGUGUUCAGAACAGAUAAUGGAAUUUUAAUCAGAAUAAAUAACACAUAAAUAGCGACAAGACUUUCCAGAGACUUGGCUUCAUAACUUAAGGUAGCUUUCAUAUCAAGAAUGUUCAAUGAACAGAUCCCAUUUUGGCAGGAGAUGAAGACUGUGCAAAGAACCAGAUUGGAGAUGUAUUGAUGUAUUCAUGAAAACAAAUUGUGCAUGAGCAACCAGUGUGCUGUGCCAAGAAAAUGCCAUGGCCACUACCAGGGACCGGCCCCUGACUGCGGACUCUGGGGCAGCAAGGAGCCUGGAACAGCUUGAAAACAGGCUGACCAUUCAUGAUUACAGGAAAAUGCAAGAGCUUUUUAUGUCCCCAGAGUUAAAUGAGAACAUGGGCCUGAAAAGAGAAGACUUCGUGGAGAAGAUGUCUGCAGUGGUCAGGCGGGGCACCAAGGAAGAAUAUGGUGAGCUGUUCGAUAAGAUAGAUUUGGCUCGAGAUGGUCUCAUUGAUUGGAACAAAUUGACCUCAUUUGUGCUUCUUGAGUUGUAUGAGACUGAUGAACGAGCCAAAAGGUUGGUCAUCCCCCAGUGGAAGGACCUCCAUCUUCUCCCACUGAUCCAUAAAGAUGCUGUUCAAAAUGUAACCUCUUUGAAAAGCCCCAUUGGCUACCUGACUGUGGGUCGGAGUGGAUUGAUUGGCAUCUGGGGAGAGAGUUUGAAGUUACAGAGGACUCUCCAGAUCACUACAGAAGGUGUCAAGCCAAAAGACCUCUGGGUGACCUGUCUGGUUGUACUACCGAAUGUUAACAAGGUAGCUGUUGCAUUUACAAGCAAGGAGAUCUAUUUUGCUGAGCUGAAUUCCAAGCAAGGAUUCUCUUGUCAGUACAAACUUCAAGGCCUGGAAGGAACAGUGAUAUGCAUGGACUACUGGUACAACCCUCAUGAUGGAAAUGAAGCCAUUCUGACACUGGGGGAUGUCUGUGGACAGGUUCAAGCAAUUGCCUUCAACACAGCCCUGAUCUCAUUGUUUGAACGACCUUCGAGUUCGCCUGAAGACGAAAAUGUGACAAUGACAAUUAAAUGGCAGGAGCUGGUCUCUGGAUAUCACAAAUGCUGCUGCAUUCUAAGGCACAAACUUCAUGAUAAAGAAUGGGUUAGACAAGUUGCAUACAGCUCUUCUUUAGACGUCUUUAUGUCUGUGACAACUAGUAGUACAAACACACUGGUGCUAGCUUGGAGAGAAAUGCUGAGUCCUCAUCUUACAAUGACAACCUGCCAUAUUCCUCAUGGAGUUAAUGCUUUUGACUUCCAUGCCAAGCUCAACUUGAUAGCGACUGCAGGGAUCAAUCGCCGUGUUUGCCUUUGGAAUCCUUAUGUCACCUCUAAACCUGCUGGUGUCCUGGAGGGCCAUUCAGACAGCGUAAUGGCUGUCCAGUUCAUUACUGAGCGCAAACUGCUUUUCAGCUUUUCCAAGGACAAGGUAUUAAGGAUCUGGGACAUUCAGCAUCAGCUUUGCAUCCAGAGGAUUUCUGGUUCAUUCCCCAAAAGCCUCGACUUCCAUUCCGUGCUUUACUUCGAUGAACCUCAUGGGCGCCUUUUCAUCUCAUUUAACAACCAACUGACGUUGCUGGAAUUGGAACAAGAUUCAGGCAAAAGCAGAAUCACAAGUCACAGGAAAGCAGUUACUUGUAUUCUUUACAAUUCUGUGUUCAAGCAGGUAAUCAGCUCGGAUACAGGAUCUACUGUUAUCUUCUGGCUGCUUGAUACUGGGCAGAAAAUCAAAGAGUUUACAGGUUGCCAUGGCAAUGCUGAGAUCAGCACUAUGGCUCUGGAUGGGACUCAGACAAGGCUCUUCACUGGGAGCACAGACGGAACAGUGAAGGUCUGGGACUUCAAUGGACAUUGUCACCAUAAGCUCAAUGCUGGGAGGGACCAAACGGUUGAAAUCUCCCAGAUCUUGGUGCUAAGCCGGACUGUAUUAGUUCUAGGCUGGGACAGGAUGAUUACUGUCUUCCGCUUGAGCAACCUGACUCAGUUUUUGGUUCAGCCUUCGGAAUGGAAAGGAGGAGCUCAACACCAGGACGACAUCUUAUGUGCAGCGUUUUUACCUCCGCAAACUCUAGUUACGGGGAGUUCUGGUGGAGAAAUCGUUGUGUGGAAUAACAGUACAGAAACUGCCCGCAUUAAGCUUCACUUGAAUGCUGGGAGUCAGCUGAAGACCGACUCAGAUUCUCAAAUGCAACAGAAAGUCACUCCUACUGGAGGGUUGUCCUUUAGAAGACAUACACAAUUUGCCACUAACUAUACCAACUUUGACUCGGAAAACUGCAAUACUAUUGCUAGGGUUUCCUUCCUGGAUGCCAGGAAGAAUGUUUCAGUGACAGGAGGAGCAAAUCUAGUUACCUGUGGAGGUGCUGGUUGUGUCAGAUUUUGGAAUACACACAGGAGUAGACUACUGGCCGAGUUUGAAGCUCACAGUGGAGUGGGUUCCGUUAUCAUGACGCUUGAUCAAAGAAGCCAAUAUCUCAUAACAGGAGAUCUGGCUGGCUGGCUGAAGAUAUGGCAUAUAGAGGACUACUGCCUUGCCUUGGAGGAAAUCCCUAUUACUGAACCCCCACCUCUGAUCAGAGCACUUCAGCCACAUGACGACUGUAUCACUGACCUGGCUACCUGCAUCCAGAACAGCCACCUCUUCGUCCUGUCAUCCUCUGCAGACUGCAGUGUUGCUCUUACUGACAUUUCCGGCAUUCCAUUCGGAGUAUUUGGGCAGGAAGGACAUUGGAGAAUUGGAAAUUAUGUCCCAAUCUCCUCCUUCAGAGGAGAAAACAAGUACAAAAUAGAGGAGGAGAAUGACAUUAAAAAGAAUAAAUCUGUGCCCUUUGUCGAGGAAGGUGCUCCCGCUAAUCCAGUGGAACAAGCUGUACCUGUUGCAGAGGAUAAAGAAGACUCAGCAUACGUGGUGAAUGUAUGGGACAACACAAUACUGGGUAAAAAAUACAAAGAGGAAAAAACCCGGAAAGGAAGGAAAUAUACCCUCCUCAAAAAAGCCACUAGGAUAAAGCCAAUAGUUGUAUUUAGGUCAUUAAAUAUUGAAGCCCUGAAGGAGACGACAGAAAUGAACAAGCUCAACUUUCUGCUGCACCCUGACAAAUACUUUGGGGAAAAGUUGGCGGAGAAGAGUUCUGAAGAUUUAAAGCCGCCGACCCUUUCAGCGACCCUGAAAGCUGCAUUUGAUGAGAAGAACCUAUUCCCCAAGGAAAUUCUGGACCGUGAAAAAAAAUUCAAGGCAACUGUAGACAGAUUUUGCCCAGCAUUGACGGAAACAGGAAAGCGUUCAGGAACAAUUAAUUCGAGAAAAGGAUCAUGUGUAACUUUUCAAACCUGAAUUCUGCACAACAGCCCAACACAUUUGUGUUUUAAAAUCAGAAUAACAUUUCAUUACAUUUCAUUAACAUUUCAUGUUUCAUUUUUUUUACUUUUAUUGUUGGUUAUAAAAUAGAUGUUGAGAUAUAAAAAUGGCGCUGAACAUUUGACUUAGCUGCAGCUCUGUAUUAUGAAUGUCAGCACUGCAAAGCUGAAUGCAUAAUUAUGCUUGGCUGUUUUUGUACUUCAGGAAAAAAUACAGAUGAGUCAGAAACUUUUAAAAAAUGAUAUUUUUGUACUUAAUAAAAUUCAGUAGAAUAUGUAAUGCAAUUUCUCUUAUAUAAAAUAAAUAUUUAUAAUACAUCUUAAUAAAUUUAAUAAAAUAAAUGUAUUUAUAAAAAUAAAUAUUUUAAUACAUUUAUAAAUCUAUAAAAAUGAAAUAAAAUUAAUAGAUCUUUAGGUUCUGAAAACAUAAAAAUUCAGAAAUGCAGUCUUUCUACUCCUCUAAAUGUGACUGAUUCAUAAUAUUAUUCCUUCUUAUUCAACACAGUUUUCAGAGGGUGGAUUCCCACAACUGCCAGUAAGCUGGAAACCAGAAGUUCUUGGUGAGCAUGCAUUCCAGUGGGUAUGUCAUAUGAAGCCCCCGACCUCUGGUUCCUGUGCUGCAUCACCAAGAUUAUCCCAACUUCUUCUGCCCAAAUCUUAGUUACAGAAGUAGGAUGGAAGACUUAGGGAGAAUCUCAGUAAGGCGGCAUGGGAAGUGGAGGUUGGCAGCUGGGAGUGCGUAUUUGCUGAGAACCUUCUGUUCUUGGCUCUCUGACUUGCUGGCAGUCAUGAGAACCACCCCAAAGAGUUUUCUAGGACAUUCUGAAUUCAAUAUAUUUCGGCAGUUUUCAGACAAUGAGGUGGGUCUCACAAUCCGUGAGACCCGCUUUGGCUGGGUUUGCGGGGACAGCAGGCUCGCUCUCCACGCAGACAAGCAGGGUGGGAGCCCUGGGUGGCUGGAUCGGCUGCCCACACAAUUGCUGGCUCUGUGAUGGAGCCAGUGGGGGCUGGGGAGUUCGGGGGCUGCGUGGCCCCUGGAAGCUCCAGUAUGCCCUGCACGAGCACACAGGGCAUACUGGAGAGACCCCCGGAGCCGGGAGGCAGCUUUUCGCCACCCCUUCAGGGGUCUACUCAUGAGUAGCCAUGGCGCAGAGCCGUGCCACAGCUACUCAUGAUUGGGAAGCCCGGGUUAGUAGAGCUCUCACUCUGCUAACCCGGGCUUAGGGGAGGGCUACAAAAGCGGGUGACCCGCUUUGACUCAACCAGGAUCGGCUUCGAGCCCGGUGAGGCUCACGAUUGCUGGAAAGCUGGCUGAGCACCCUUAGCCCACUUUCUACUGAUCGUCAGAAUAGCUCCUUUCUGUGUUUGAGGAACCCUCUUCAGCUUGAUCUGUCUGUUGCAGAACUCCUGUGCAUUUUUCAUGCAAUUCCUGGGUGUUGUGGAGAAUUCUGGGGCAUGUUCUAGGUGUCCGACUGUUGUCUCAUAUAAACUGGGCAUGUGUUGCGUAACAUGCACAUUGUGACGAGAAUUGGUUCUCUUACAGGACAGACCUUUAUGGUAGCAGAAAUUUAAUAACUAUGUCAAAGGUAGUUUAAUACAAAGUGCCAGCUAAUCCAAACUAUCGGGGAAGCAGUGUGCCAUUUUUUAUUAAACCUGGGUAAACUUCAGAGGAACCAUUGGUCCCCAAGGAGCACACUUUGAAACCCCUGAUACAUAUUUAAAACACAUGCACAAGUUUGACUUGAUAAACACACAAUGAUGUCAUCCACACAGUCAAAAACUGUGUACUACCCAGGGUUGGGAGCUGUGUGUGCUUCCAGUUCUCA